AUGACGCCGACACAUCCGCGUGCCUCACACUUUCGUUCAGGAGCUUCAUUGUUCCUUAUUGGUGGCCUCAUUCGAUGUGGUGGUUGUUGGAGGGGGUGUUGGUCUGGAUUGGUGGCUGAAAAUAAUGAUGUUUCAUUUCGUGUCUACUCGUUAAAAAUCCUGAUUUGUGUCAAAAAUGGGAACGAGUUAAUUAGCCAAAAAAUAUCUACAUCAAGCAAAGUGUCAAGGAAAAGUUCUUCGCAUUUCGAUGAAUCCGGCGGUUUGAACAAAAACAAUACGAACAGUCUGAUGUGCUGGAAGGUUGGUGCACCGGAGAGAGAUGACGAGAGGAGGAGAGGGGGUCGUGAUUCAGUUGCUUCUCUUAUUUUAUCACCAACCAUGGCAGAAGAUUGCGAGUUGGCAGACGUUUCUUGA